AUGGACGCCGCCUCUUGGAACCCCCAGGAUCCUGGCUUGACAGCCAACCACGAUGACGAGUUCCAGCAGUUUUUGGAUAUGGGCGGCAUGGGAAACCUCAGCGACACCAUGCCCUUCGACUUUCACGAUUAUCAGUCUGGAAACGCCUCGGGAAUGAUGCACCAGUCCGGGCGUGAGCAGCUCGACACUCAGAUGGGAGGGACCGAUGCCUCCAUGGUCAUGGGGAAUGCCAACUCGGCCAUGCAGGCGCAGCUCAUCAACAUGACGACCGCCGCUGCGCAUCCCGCCAUCCCAACCCAGAUGAUUCCCCCGGCGACGCCCACCGAUGCCAUCACGGAGAUCGACGCCCAGAUCCAGUAUCUGCAGCAGCAGCGGAUGCAGCAACAGCACCGCCAGAUUCAGGAACAGCAAGUUGCCUACUACACGAACCAGACACAUGCUGUGCCACCAACGCCCCAGAGUCUCGAGAUGCCGGCCGCUAGCAACCAGUUCUUCUCGACAGACCAGAGCCAUACGCCCAUGUUCGGCAGCAGGUACCAGCGGAUGAAGGAGCAGCAGGACAUGGCUUUUACUCCACUGGUCUCACCCGCAGUGACCCCGUUGGAUCCCCAUUUCCAGAUGGAAGCCGGCGGGUUCACCAUCCCGGGCGCAUACUUCAGCCCUCUGACGUCCCCAGCACUUCAUGCGCAAAGCGACCAUGGUAUACUGUAUGACAGACGGUCGUCACUGUCGGCUCACAACUCCCCGGCCGAGAUGGAAGUUGAAACGGCCACGCAGCUUCCCGUCGUCGACCUGGCAAAGAAGGCCCGCAAGACCAACGCCUCGAGGGCAAAGGCAAAGAGCAGUGUGCGACAGUCACCCAUUUCGAAGCCCCAGCGCAAGAAGACCACAGCAACACCAAAGAUGGUUUCCCAGGCUCUUCGAGAAGUGAACGAGGACGGCCUGGACCAAAUGUUACCCUCGACCGCCUUGCCGGCCCCCAUGAGCAGCGAGGAAUCGGAAAACGCAUCGGUCUCUCCUGAGAAUCUCUCAGAUAUGCCGCCGCCGCCCCUUCCGCAGCCGAAACAGUCGAGCAAAUCGCCAUUCAUCCAGCCUCAGCCUCAACCCCAACCCCAUCCUGCAAUACCGGCCCACAUCCAAGGAAAACCAUCCCCUGCUACGCCGGCCUCUCUGAUGAGACUGCCUGCUUCCAGCGCGAACAACUCAGCCUCGUCAAAUCCACAGGAUCUAGGAAUGCCAGACAACAUCGAGUCGUUCGAAUUACCCGAGUCGGUCAACUUUUCCUCAAAACCACAGCCCCCGAGACUGGACACGGCGACGCCCACCCAGUCGCCAUCCGAUCCGGGCUCGGCAAGGGCCUCAUCGUCCCAGCCGCUGCCUUCACCAGUUUUUGCCAAACCUGCCGCCGCCGCUUCAGCAAGCGCAAGUCCCAACCUUGGACCCGGCUCAACUGGCCCGACGGCAAGAAAGACGCCCAAGCUCAUGGCUAGAGGCGCCCAGGGUAAGAGAGGCAGCGUCAGCUCGGUGCAUGUUUCGCCUGCGUUACGGCCGAGGAUAUCUCCCAGCAUCAAGCCGCUCUUGCCCGGCACCCCCGGUGGUAUGUCGGCCGAAGACACGGCUUCCCGUCUGUUGGCCUCCAAGUCCAACUAUCAGAAUAUCCUCGAGGGUAAUACAGUACCCGGCGUAACGUAUCCCAGCGAGCUGUCGACCAACCUCACAUCGAAACGCACGUCGCAUAAAAUCGCCGAACAGGGACGCCGCAACCGCAUCAACUCGGCCUUGCAAGAAAUCGCGACAUUGCUGCCGCAGCCACCCAAAGACUCCAAGAGCGAGGCCGAAGAAAGGAAAGAAAGAGAGAGGGAGGCCAAGGCAGGUGGCGCGCCGAACAGCAAGGCCAGCACUGUGGAGCUCGCGAUCGAGUACAUCAAGCAGCUGAAGCAGGAAGUCGCCGACGCCAACAGACGAGCCGAAGAGGCCGAGAAGAAGCUGCAACUGCAGGCAAGCUCGGCGCAGAAGGAGACGGUAGAGAGCUAG